CAGCUCGAGCUCACACAUCUCAGCGCUCAGUCCGGUGUGGAGCGCGUGAGUGGAGAGCUGCGUGCGCCUCUCUGGAGCGCAUCUGACAGAGCGCGCGCAACUAUUCUGGAAUUCUAUUUCGCGCGUGAGUUUGUUCGCACCGAAACCGUUAGAGAUAUUUAAAAGUCUUUGCGUGCACGAUGAACAGCUUUUACCUUGCAAGCAUGAGACGAUCUCGUCAGCAGAGCGCACUGACAGCUCAAGUUUUUCUUGUGUCACUGUGUCAGUGCAUCGGUGACACCACCUAACUGGAAACACUAACCUGACUGUCAGAAAGAUGGACUCAGCAUGGAUGUAACUCAGUCCAAUGCAACGGAGGAGGAUGCCAGCGUCAACAUCACCUCAAGCCCGUGGCCGUACACGGAGACGGCCGCCGCGUUCAUCAUCCUCGUGGUCUCCAUCAUCAUCCUGGUCACCAUUGUUGGGAACGUUCUGGUCAUCGUGGCGGUUUUGACCAGCCGCGCGCUCCGCGCGCCACAGAACCUCUUCCUCGUGUCGCUCGCGUGCGCGGACAUCCUCGUGGCCACGCUAGUGAUCCCGUUUUCACUCGCCAACGAGAUCAUGGGAUACUGGUUCUUCGGCAGCACCUGGUGCGCGUUUUACCUGGCUCUGGAUGUUCUGUUCUGCACGUCGUCCAUCGUGCACCUGUGCGCCAUCAGCUUGGAUAGGUACUGGUCCGUCACCAAGGCGGUGAGCUACAACUUGAAGAGAACGCCGAAGCGCAUCAAGUCCAUGAUCGCGGUGGUGUGGGUCAUUUCAGCCGUCAUCUCAUUCCCACCCCUCAUCAUGACCAAACACAACGAGAAUGUGUGUUUAAUAAACGACGAGACCUGGUACAUCCUGUCCUCGUGCGUGGUGUCGUUUUUCGCGCCGGGGUUCAUCAUGAUCACGGUGUACUGUAAAAUCUACCGCGUCGCCAAACAGCGCUCGUCCACCGUAUUCGUGGCUAAGAACGGUCUGGAGAGGCAGCCUUCCCAGUCCGAGACGUGCUUUGUGAGGAAAGCUAAGUUUGAGAAGGAGUCUCCGAGCAGCAACAGCUCAGAGAGCAACCAGGGACAGGAGGAGCUGGAUGACAUCGACCUGGAGGAGAGCGCGACGUCGGACAGCAAACCAAAGAGCUCGCGCUUCUCCAAGCGCAGGCGGGUGGACGGCGCGCGCUGCUGCCCGCAGCAGAGGACCUGCCGGAUCUCCUGGGCUUCCCAUCAGGAGCAGAGCAGCAAGCAGCUCGCGGUCGUGUCCAAAACCAAAGUGGCUCAGAUGCGAGAGAAACGCUUCACCUUCGUGCUGGCGGUGGUCAUGGGGGUGUUUGUCCUCUGCUGGUUCCCUUUUUUCUUCACCUACAGUCUCCAGGCCAUCUGCAGGGAGACCUGCGUGCCGCCCGAGGCACUUUUCAAGCUCUUCUUCUGGAUUGGAUACUGCAACAGCUCAGUGAAUCCCAUCAUCUACACGAUUUUCAACAGGGACUUCAGAAAGGCUUUUAAGAAAAUCGUUUGCUUGACGACGCGACGCGCCUGAGAGACUCGCAGUUGGACACUUAAGGCAAGAUUUAAAUGUAUGAAUGACAAAAAACCAAGUGGAAUCUGCAAACAUAUCAUGGCCUUUUUAUUUAUUUGCAAUCAAGUGUUUCUUCAACCAUGGGCACUCACUCACAUUCCAACAGUCUUGGAAACCUUUCAUCAUGUCUUCAUUUAUUUUCGCAACUUUUCAAAUGCCUUUUAAUGCAUGUAAAAUAAAUAUUACAUAACAUAAUAUUUAAUAAAAUAUUGCAUUCUUAAAACUAUGAUGAGCUAACAAAUAGAGAAAUAACCAGGUAUUUAUUAUUUGAAAUUAUGAUUAUAUCAGUUUUCACACACUAAAGAGUUUAUUCCAAAAAUAAGUCCACCUUUAGUCAAUAAUCUUACCCCUUAAAACUAAUCUUUGAUCACCAAAAUGAAAUAUUUAAAUGUUUUUUCCCUGUGAAAAAAAAUUUCUUAAUGCCUUAAAAUAGCUUGCAAGUAACUCCACACCCUUGCAUCAUUUAGUAUGCGCGGAUCUAUGAAUAUGCUAAUUAGCCCAGCCUCCACACAUUCACACGAGCUCAGAGAUCCACUCGGUCAACUUACUGAGGUAAACGCUGCACAAUGGUAUCGCUUUUUACAAUGUCAGACACAUAACGGUAAUUAAUAUGAUUAGCCGUUUGCUUAGUUGCUAAUAAUGUGUUGCUAAUGUUACACAAACCAUGUUCCCGUUUGCCAUCUCAAGAGUCAGCUGUCUUCUACAAAUCAGUAUCUUUAAAAACGCUUUGAACAACUCAGAACGUCAGUGGAGAAAGGCAUAUAGUUCAUCAUAACAUCGUAAUAAACAUCAUACACCCGCCAUAUUGCUAAAUCUGAUUUUUCAUAUCAACAGAAAAAUAUACCAGGAUAACCUUCUCUUGAGACUCUCCCACUUCAUAGCGCUCAUAGUUAAUGAUAUACUAAAGCCCGCCCCCACGUUGAUGUGAAUGGUUACAAGGUAGUUUGUGAUGUCAGAAACACCAGCGAUUUCAAACUGAAACUGUCUUUAGAUCACUGUAGUUUUAAAGAGAAAAUAGCAAUGGUGUUGACUGAUGACGUGGUUUGUCUUAAAGCAUAUUAAAAACACCACAUAGACAUAUAAACAACAUUAAAAACUUGAUUUUCACCACAGGGGGACUUUAAAAUGUCAUUUCCACCACAUAAUGCUAUUGAACAUUUGUUGUUUCAGAAAAAAUGGUUCAGAAGUGAUGCAUAUAUACAGUAUGUUCCCUGCUAGCAGACAAAUUAAACAAAAGAGUGUGAAAAGUGUUUUAAGGGAGUUUGUCUAAAAGGCCAAAAGUGCCCAUAGCUGAAGAAACACUCAAUAUCUUUUAAUAAACUGGUGUUUUGGUGAUUUUAAGUAUAAAGUCAGUAUAUCUAUUUUUUUUAUCUAUUAGGUUUUAUUAUUUAAAACUCAACAAAAUGUGCCUGUGCUAUAUUUCUUUAAAAUAUGCCAUCUUUUUUCCCUAAUGCAAUGGCAUUCAAACAUUUUUAAGUGCGACUCUAGUGUUCAAAUAAUUCUUGGUGCCACUGAUGUACAUAUUGUUUGUAUAUAUUAAAUGAGAAAUAUUUGACUUACACAGUAUCAAAACUCCCUGUAAAUACAUAAAAUGUAUAAAUGUAAAUUAAAUAUGAUAUUGUGCUGUAUAUUUUCCAUACAGCUUAGACUCUAAAUUCUAUAUACAUACACAAACAUCAAAUGACAGAAUUUUAUUGUUGCUGUAGUGUUUACUAAAUGGAAGUACUUGAUAAUUGAUUUCACUCAUUAGUAAACGGUGGAAAGAAUGUUACUUUAUAUGUGGAAUUGUUUAUUUUAUUGAUAAUUCUGUAUUAAAACUCCCAUUUAGAAAAUAUUGUUAUUAUAGGAGACCGGGGCUAGUUGUCACAAGGGCUAUAUCUCAGUAACUGUGACAUUAUGAGCCAAAAAGCCAAUUAUACUUUGUAUUUUGAUUCUAAAAACCUUCAAAACUGCCUUAAAUUAGUACAUGUUUAAAUUUAACAGGUGAACACAAUUAAACCAGGUGUGGAUUGUGUUCUCAGGUCAAAGGUUGGAGGUUCGGGGCAAGUUGUCGCAUUUUUUUAUGUUGUAAUUUUUACAAUUUUUUCAAUUUCUGUUGGCCAAAAGGAUAUAUUUUUGUAUGUUACCUUGUACAUUUUUGCUUUUUCAUGAAUUGUUUACAUUUGGCUAAAAAGCCUAUUGUUAUAAAAGGUCAUCUUUUUUUCUGGGAAAUAAUAGUGUAAAGCUUUUUUGUGCUCCAGACUUUAAGGUUUGUGUCUAUACAGACUUAAACCUAACCUCUUUAUUAUAUAGAAAUAUUAUAUGGAAAUACAACUAACCCUGGUCUCUUCUAUCUGUGGGAAACAGAGGCUUUUUAAGGGCUGUCAAUGGUGACUAAGAGCAGCUUAGUGAAAUCACCUUUGCCAUAACUCUAUUAAAGGCUCUUAUUGACUAUAAGAAA